AUGGCAAUUGUUAUACGAUAUGUAGACAACAAUGGACAUAUAAUUGAACGUUUUCUUGGCAUUCAACAUGUGUCAGAUACAAUUGCUAGUUCACUCAAGACAGCUAUUGAAGCUUUGUUUUCUAAACAUGGGCUAAGUAUAUCAAGAUUGCGUGGUCAGGGAUAUGAUGGAACUAGUAACAUACGAGGUGAAUUCAAUGGCUUGAAAGCACUUAUUCUAAAUAACAAUCCAAUUCUUGAUGUGCUUGAGAUUAUAAGGGAGGAUGGAAUGAACUCAGAACAGAGAAUGGAAGCGGUCAUUUUAAUAGGUAUUAUGGAAUCAUUUAAUUUUGUGUUCAUGCUUCAUUGUUUGAGAAGGAUACUAGCAGUUACUAAUGAGUUAUCACAAGCAUUACAAAGAAAAGAUCAAGACAUAGAAAAUGGUAUGAGUUUAUUAAAAACAUCAAAGGAACGAUUCAAAUUGAUGAGAGAGAAUGAUUGGGAAUCUUUACUGGAAGAAGUGUCAUCUUUUUGCAUCAAACAUGAUAUUGAUAUUCUAAACAUGGAUGAUGAGUACAAGCUCCGUGGGCGUUCAAGUCCAAAUGACUCUUUCUUUACUUUCAACAAAGAAAAGCUUGUUCGCCUUGCUCUUUUUUAUCCUAGUGAAUUCUCUAUAGUGGACUUUAUGGUACUUGGUGACCAACUUGACAUGUAUAUUAUUGAUCUACGUGGUGAUUAUGAGUUCUCUGGUAUUGAAGGUAUUGCUAGUCUUGCAGAGAAAAUGGUAAAAACAAAGAAGAAUUUGAUAUUUCCAUUAGUAUAUAUGCUUAUCAAAUUGUCAUUACUUCUACCAGUUGCAACAGCUACAGUGGAGAGAGUUUUUUCUGCUAUGCAUAUUGUCAAGAGUAGAUUGCUAAACAGGAUGAGAGAUAAGUGGAUGAAUGAUAGUUUGGUUGUAUACAUUGAGAAAGAUAUCUUCGAUAAGAUUGAUAAUGAAGCUAUUAUGAAGCGGUUUUAA